AUGUCUUAUACAGGUUUUUCGGAGAGUGGUGACGGACACGGGAUUCUAACGACAGCUUCCUCACCCAAUGAGCAGCUAGUACCUGACGUUCCUAACCCUGAGGACACUCUGUCCCCAGCAAUCCUAGAGCUGCUCACUCCCAUGGUUUCCAAGGAGGAUCUUGUAGAGGAGGACUACAGCCCAGCAGCGCCAGAGCACUUCAGCUCUGACUACGAUCCAGCGGAGGAGAAUACCGCUACCUCUAUGGAGAUUUCACCACCACCAACACCUUCCCAUAGAUCCUACCGAUCACACACUUCUAGUACUCAAUUCCAGAAAACCCCAAGGAAGACUAAAACGAUUCCCUCUAGGAAGAGGCUUGCAUCUCCACCAACGGCAAAGAAGCCCUGCAGAGACUAUUCGUAG